AUGCAGCUCUUGAGUCGAUCCUGGUCGGGCGACUCCGUCGUCUACUUCCACCGGAAGGCAGACGACGGUUGGUGGAGCAUUUUCCGCGUCGAAUUCGAGUUCCCCUCAGACACGGACGUCUCCAGGUUGCCGCUGUCUCCGACCCGGGUUACUCCUCCAGGCGUCCACUGCUUCACUCCGGCUGCCAUGCCUGGCUCCAACGAAAUCGCCAUCGCGACAUGGUGGCGAGGCAAGAGCUACCGGCAUAUCGAGAUUUUCGACGCUGCGUCGGAGUCCUUUGUCCCCAUCACUGAACCGGUGAACCCGAACUUCCACCGCUACAGCCCCUUUGUGUCUCCCUGGUCACGGUACAUCGGGUAUCACCGGUUCCGAGGCGAGUCGACAGGGGGCGAAUCAUGGGUCCCGAAUUUCGAACCGGUCAUGUCGCCCAUCAAGGGGCUCCGGAUGCUGAGGCUGAACGGGUCUUUCCCUUCUCUUUCCCCGGAUGGCCAGUUCGUAGCCUUCAACCACGACUUGGUGUCCACCACCAGUGCCGGAGUGAAGAUCGUCUGGUCGGACGGCUCUAGGCGUUGGACGCUGAUCAAGGAUCGGAUCACCUUCUACAACUCGUGGAGCCCCACUGAGAAGAAUGUCAUUUACACCUCGAUCGGACCGAUUUUCGGUUCACCCAAAACAACGGUCCAAAUCGCUCGGACCGAGUUCGACUUAUCCAGUCCGGACGGCGACAUCACGUGUGACGUGAAGGUGCUCACAAGGGAGGACACUGGGAACAACGCCUUCCCCUCGUGCUCUCCAGAUGGUAAGUGGCUUGUCUUCCGGUCUGGUCGGACCGGCCACAAGAACUUGUACAUUGUUGAUGCAGUGAACGGUGAGUUUGACAGCGGGAUCCGUCAACUGACGGACGGGCCGUGGAUCGACACAAUGCCAUCAUGGUCGCCCAACGGCAACCUCAUGGCCUUCUCUUCGAACCGGCACAACCCACACAAUGUAACCGCAUUUAGCAUUUAUCUCAUAAGACCGGACGGGUCAGGUCUAAGGAGGGUACACCUAGCAGGACCCGAGGGGUCUCCCGAGGUUGAUCGAAAAAGGAUCAAUCAUGUGUGCUUCAGCGAGGAUGGGGAGUGGCUAUUGUUUACUGCCAACUUGGGUGGCAUGACGGCGGAGGGGGUGCAUGGGGAGGUAUAUGUGGCGAGGCUGGAUGGGAGCAAGCUCAAGAGGCUGACGUGUAACGGGUUCGAGAAUGGGUUGCUUGCGCGGCACCCAUUGGACGAUGUGGGCCCUAGUGAUCCGAGGUCAAGGACCAGUCAUGGUUGGGAUGAGGAUAAAUUGAGAGGGCAGUUUGAGGAGCCCCUAAGGAUAUCUUGCGAUAUUUGA